UUCAUCCAACUAAGAGCAACCCCAUCAAGGGUUUAUAACAGGUUCAUGGGCUCAGUAUCAUAGGCCCGGGUAAUAAAAAUAAAUGAGAAAUUAGGUUUAAUCUCGCGACCCGCCUCUUACGAGUGACCCUGUCCGAUACGGGUUCACGACAGGUGUCGCAUUCUCACUGGAGAAGGGGAGUCGACGUCACGCGGUGGAAAGCGGAGAGAGAAUCAUUUCUCUCAUUUUCGCGUAAAAAGCUAGGGUUUCCUCCUCCGGCGAUUUCGCGUGCGACGCCGAUCUCUCUCCACUUUUCUCUCCUUUUCUCGAUCGAUUCGACGGCGGAUUGUCUCCUCCAGGAGCAGAGGUGAGUAUCGACUCGAUUCACCGUUUAUAUAGAAGAGUUUUGUAGUCGAAAUCGCUUUUGGAAAUUCUCGUAAAAAUUUCUGAUGUCGAGUUAGGGUUCGAAAUGGAGAUGGGUUUGGAUUUACGGUUGUAUAACCUCGGAUAGGGAUUCUAAUUAUCGCUUAAUGGUUUGCGGAUUGAAAAUCAAAUAGGGGUUAUCGAGUUAGGGUUUAAAAAAUCAAUUUGGGGGUUUCGAUAAUUGGUUUGAAAUAGUAAACUGGGUUGGAUAGACGGUUCGUUUGAUCGAUUAAUGGUUAGACUUUUGCGUAUUGAAAAUCAAAUAGGGGCUAAUCAUUUCAAGUUUUGUGUUUCAGAUGGAUCCCUUAGAAGAGAUAAGAGAUAGUAAGAGGCAACUAGAGUUCUUAAACCACCUGGGAGACGUGGCCGAUUCGGAAUAUGGGAUGCCCAGAAGAUGUGCUUGUGGUGGGAGAAUGAUUGACGAGCUGAGAGUGAAGGAUGAGUUCGACACUCAGCCUGGGAAGCGCUUCUUCAGCUGCGUUAACUACGAGGUUAGAUACAAACCCGUGCUUCCCUUCAUUACUCAGCGUCUUCAUUAUUAGUUAAAUUUUAAAAUAUGUUCUCUCAUGUGUUUAUGGUUUAACCAAGGCUGAUGGUUUGCAUUAUCGACAGCCUUGGGUUAUAGGUGUGCAGGAGGAGAUGGUACGCCUGCGUAAGCGUGUUGAGGAGGCUGAUGAGGUGAUAAAGGGGGUGCCCAUUCUCAAUAAACAGAUUGAGAGUGUUGAGGCACAAGUUAAAAGGCUGACUUUGCUGCUUGAUAAGCUCACUGGUGACGUGUAUAACCUCACAGUGCAGGUGGCUGCUCUGGAGAAUGUCUGUUUCGACUGAAAUCCAACAGGUGAAGGUUGUUGGUCACGGGUUCUGGACGUCACGGGUUCUGGAGGUCACGGGUUCUGGAGGUCACGGGUUCUGGAGGUCACGGGUUCUACAAGGUCACGGGUUCUACAAGCGCUUCUGCAGGUCACGUUUUUUUCUGAGGUUGAUGGGUUCUGCUUCACGGGUUAUCGUAGUAGUAGUAGUAGUUGUACUCUAGUGUGAUGGGUUUUGCUUCAUGGGUUUUUAACUCUUAAUCAUAUUUUCUUCUUCUAUCUUGUUUUUUUCAAUUUUUUCCCUUUUUAAUUUUUUUUAAAAAACUCUAAAUCAAUUGUUCUUCUUUUAUCUCUUUUUUUUUCUUUAUAAGAAAUGUCGUCCUCAUCGUCAGAUGGCGUAGAUGAAGCUUUUGAAGAAUUUUUUGACGAAGAAUUUGAUAAUAUCGUCGACUCUCUACUUGUACAAGCCAACAAACCAAAGAGACGAGCUUAUAUCGAAAGAGAUCGGGAACAAGGCCACAUUCAACUAUGGAAUGACUAUUUCCAGGAAAAUCCUACUUACCCACCGGACAUGUUUAGGCGGCGUUUUCGAAUGAACAAGCCAUUGUUCCUUCGCAUUGUCGAGCGGCUAAGUACAGGUGUUCCAUACUUUCGGCAAAGACGAAAUGCUCAUGGAAGGAAAGGCCUAUCACCUCUUCAAAAAUGUACGGCAGCUAUACGUAUGCUCGCAUAUGGUCAAUCGGGAGAUACGUAUGACGAAUAUCUCCGACUUGGUGAAAGUACGGCACUUUUAUGUUUGGAACAUUUCACUAAUGGGAUAAUAGACUUUUUUGGUGAAGAGUAUCUAAGAAGACCUACCGCGGAAGAUCUUCAACGAUUACUCGAUAUUGGAGAGGUUCGCGGGUUUCCAGGAAUGAUUGGUAGCAUUGACUGUAUGCAUUGGGAGUGGAAAAACUGCCCUACGGCUUGGAGAGGGCAGUACACACGAGGUUCAGGAAAGCCGACAAUUGUCUUAGAGGCUGUGGCAUCAGAAGAUCUUUGGAUAUGGCACGCAUUUUUCGGAUUACCAGGUACCUUAAACGAUAUCAAUGUUCUUGAUCGGUCUCCUGUUUUUGAUGACAUUAUACAAGGUCGAGCACCUAAAGUUAAAUUCAAGGUCAACAAUCACACUUACCGUAUGGCGUACUACCUUACUGACGGAAUUUAUCCGAAUUGGUCAACAUUUAUCCAAUCCAUCCCACUUCCUCAAGGUAAUAAAGCAGAGCUGUUUGCUAAACAUCAAGAAUCCACUAGGAAAGAUGUCGAAAGGGCUUUCGGGGUAUUGCAAUCGAGGUUUGCAAUAGUAAAAAACCCAGGUCGGCUAUGGGACAAGGAAAAGUUAGGGAAGAUUAUGAGAACUUGUGUCAUAUUACACAAUAUGAUUGUAGAGAACGAACGAGGCGGAUACUCUCUAAGUGAUACUUCUCAGUUCGAGUCAGGAGAGUCAAGCAGAAAUUCGAAAGUCAAAAGGAGAGAAAGUUUGCAUUUGAAUAACAUGCUAGGCAUGCGCAAUGAAGUUCGGGAUUCAGGAAAACAUGAUAGUUUGAAAGCUGAUUUAGUUGAAAAUGUAUGGCAAAAAUUUGGUAACUUAGAUGAAUAAUCUUUGUAUCUUCAUCAAUUAUCAAUGUAAUGAAUAAAUUUUAUUUAUAAAAUAUAUUUUACAAUAUUAUAUUUAUCUUUUCAAAAUAAUUUCAAAAGUAAAAAAAAAAUUAUAAAUAUAUUAUUUAAUUCUUAUGAACUCCUAGAGAGGUUCACUAAUGUAGAAGCACAAUAGCAAGAAGUUCAAUACUAUUCAUGGCCCUAUCCAAAAAAUAUUAAAAAAAUGCUAUGAACCCCAAAGGGGGGUUCACUAAUGUGGAUGCUCUAACGCUUACCAUUAACAAAGCUCAGCUCAACUAACGCUUACCAUUAAGAAAUUUUAAUUUACACAACAAUAAUUUUUUUUUUAAUAACAGAAGAUUUUUUCACACUUUGAUCAUCUUCUUCGUUUAGCUCAGCUCAACUAAUGCUUACCAUUAAAAAAAAAAU